AUGGCUAUAGACACGGAACGUGGUCAAAUUAACCAAUUUCAAACAAUGGAAGACAUGGUGCAUGAUGCUCUUAAGCAAAAUGAGUCGUGUCAAGCAUCUACUUCUAAUAACAUUGAAGAGGCUCCGAAUGAAGAAACACAAAGGUUUUUUAAUUUUUUGUUGGAUGCAAACCAACCGUUGUAUGAAGGAGCAUCAGAUUCGAAAUUAUCAAUGUGUGUCAGACUAUUAGCUUGCAAGUCAAAUUGGAAUAUUCCUAACCAAUGCAUCGAUUUUAUUGCAAAAAUGGUUAUGAAUGCAACACCCAUCAAAUCAGGUUUGCCUAAAACAUACUACGAUGCAAAAAAGUGCGUAUCAAAGUUGGGAUUACAAUCGCAGAGGAUUGAUUGUUGCGUGGAUGAUUGCAUGCUCUUCUAUGAUAAUGAAUAUGGUAAGAAUGAUGGCGCGUUGCUUGAAUGCAAAUUUUGUGGAAAACCAAGAUAUCAACCACGUAACAUGGGAGCAACUACUACAAAGCAAGUUCCUAUGAAAUCAAUGUUCUAUUUGCCAUUAAUUCCUAGACUACAAAGAAUGUAUGCCUCAACACAAACUGCAGGACAAAUGACUUGGCACUAUCAGAACAUGUCGACGAAUGGUGUUUUGCGUCAUCCAUUCGAUGGAGAGGCUUGUAAGCACUUUGAUAGAGUAUAUCCUGACUUUGGUACCGUGCCACGCAAUGUACAACUCGGUUUAUGCUUUGACGGUUUUAACCCAUAUGUACAGGCAUCAAAUAUACCAUAUUCAUGUUGGCCAGUUAUUGUCACCCCUUAUAAUCUUCCUCCAGAAAUCUGCAUGUCUAAACCUUACAUGUUCUUGACAUGUCUCAUUCCCGGGCCAUUCAAUCCAAAGGUUGGCAUAGAUGUGUACUUAGAGCCCUUGAUAGACGAAUUGAAGAAGCUGUGGACGGGUGUCAUAAUAUAUGAUAUUUCAAGGAAACAGAACUUUAUUUUGAGGGCCAUGUUGAUGUGGACAAUUAAUGAUUUUCCUGCUUAUGGUAUGUUGUCCGGCUGGAGCACUCAUGGUAAACUGGCAUGCCCACAUUGCAUGGAGCAUACAAAGGCUUUUAGAUUAUAUCAUGGGGCAAAAAAUUCGUGGUUUGACUCCCAUCAGAGGUUUUUACCGAAUGACCAUGCCUUUAGGAGGAAUAGGAAUGCUUUCAAGAAGGGGGAAGUGGAGAUGGAUGAUGCACCACCAUAUCUUACGGGAGCAGAAGUUUGGAAUAGAAUUAAUGGUUAUCCUAAAAUAACUGAAAAUGGUGCACCAAGAAUUGGUGGAUAUGGUGAGUGGCAUAAUUGGACAAAAAAAAAGCAUCUUUUGGGAUCUACCCUGUUGGAAGGAUAA